UCUGUGUCAAUAUCCCACUGCCCUCGUGAGUACACUCAUGUCAAUGAAACUAUCAACUGUACGUGUGUGAGAUCAGACGAUUCUCAAAUAACAGCUCAACCAAUGUGGUACAACAGAAGUCAUGAUGUACAGUUUAAUGGAUCUCCAACUUUGUCUAUAACGGCAUUUGAUAUAAGCCAAGACUACUAUUGUAUGGCAAGAAAAUAUAACAUAUCUAGUAACAAUGUGACUUAUUCAGCUACUUUAAAAGGGGACGAAACUGAGAAUCAACUUGACAUCUAUUGGAUUAUUGUGCCUGUGACCGUAGUUGUGUUAAUGUGUUUCGUCAUCGUCCUGUUGGUUGCAAAACACAAUAAAUUCACCUACCGAAAGUAUAGAAAGUUGCGAGCCUAUCAAAGUAACAGCAAGAAAAGAAAAAAAUAUGAAGUUCAUAUUGACAAUGAUGACAUUUUCAAUUUAAACUCGGCAAAGUGCAUUGAAAUUUAGACCGUCCUAUUUAUAAUUUAAUUAAUAUUGUGUAAAUAAGUCAUAAAACUUAUUUCUUAUUAAAAUAUUAAUGAUCCAAAAUAAUAGAUCAUCAAUUUCAGAUGUGAAUCCAUGUGCUAAACAAAUAUAAUGCUUCUACUGUACGUAGCGCUGAAACAGAUAUAACUCUAAUUACAUCCAACUUACAACUGUAGUAUUAAGUAAUUUUUAAUGUAUCUAAUAUUUUUAUUAAAAUAGACAAAAAAAAUUUUUUUUUAAAUGUGUGUUUUUGUUGUUGUUUUUAGUUUAAUCUGUAUAUGAACGAAACUGUAUAAAACAUGACAGAUAAAAUUUCUAUUUGUUAGCGUGUAAAAACGAUUUCGGUAUUGUUUGGUGUGCUAAACUAUAUAUUAUUAAUUUGUGACAGCUCGCAUUGAGUAAGUAAUGGAACGGAAGCUUGGUAAUAAUGAUUUAAGGUUACGGUUAAGGUUCUGGUAACGGUAUAGGUUUUUGUUGGUGUUUCUGUUUCGGUUCACGGUCAGGUUUACGUUGUUGUUUAUGUUUGGAUUUAUGAUCACAGUUUCCAACAAAUAUAUAUUGGAUAACAAAUCAAUUAUAUUAUAAUUGAUCGCACCUAUUUUACAUCUUAUAUGUAGUUUAAUCACACAAGUUAAAUAAACGUUCGCAAGGAUUUCAAGCACCAUAAGCUUACUGUGUCACAAGUAAAGAAAAACGUUCAGUAGAGCUUGAGCUAAAAUCACUUUGAGCUCGGCCAAUAUCUUCUGGAUUCCAAUUAUUUUUUUAUAAAUCUUGGUUAGUAAUAAUGUGAUAUAUUUGGCAUAAGUAAUAAUAACAGUUGAUCGUUAUCUAAUCAAUAAACCACGUACU